GAGGACACUUUCCCCGCCCUCUGCCUGGGCAGUCCAGCCUGGGCCCUGGGCUCGGGGCUGGCCGCCUUUCCCGGCCCGCGCUCGGCCAAGCGCAGCCCGGAGCUCAGUGCAAGCGCGCCGCGCCCCGGGUCCCCAGAUCAGCUGCCCUAGAGGCCCAAGCGGCGCGCAAACUUUUGCUCCAGCGCCCGGCGCUCUUCCGCUGCUUGUGAAGCCCCCGAGCGCCCGCGCAGCCGCCAGGUUCGGCCCACCAGUGGGCGCCGCGGAACGAGAUGCUACUCCGGGACCUGGUGCUGCGCCGUGGCUGCUGCUGGCCCUCACUACUGCUGCACUGUGCGCUUCACCCUCUCUGGGGCUUCGUUCAGGUGACGCAUGCUGAGCCCCAGAAGUCUUGUUCUAAGGUGACCGACAGCUGCCAACACAUCUGCCAGUGCCGGCCCCCACCUCCUCUACCCCCUCCGCCUCCACCUCCACCACCUCCCAGACUACUAUCCGCCCCAGCUCCCAACUCUACCUCGUGCCCCGCGGAGGACAGCUGGUGGUCGGGGCUGGUGAUCAUCAUCGCUGUCGUCUGUGCCUCCCUGGUGUUUCUGACUGUGCUGGUCAUCAUUUGCUACAAAGCCAUAAAGAGGAAACCACUGAGAAAAGAUGAAAACGGCACCAGUGUUGCAGAAUAUCCCAUGAGCUCGUCCCAGAGUAGCAAAGGGGUGGACGUGAACACUGCGGUGGUGUGAAUCUGCAGGUCCUGGACCCACUGGCUGGAAGGACACCUUGGUGGCACUGGUGGACAUGGGGUGACUCUGGGCCUGUCCAUGACUUCCUGCUUUACAGGCCUCAGGCCUCCUGAGAGAGAAAGCAUCCUCUUCCCAGGGUAGCCCUGGUCAACUUCCAGGGUGCAGCACAGAUACCAGGCUUGAGCCAGGAUACCCUGCAUGUGGCCCCUGAGCAUCAGCACCACCCAGGGCUCUCCAUACCCUCCUUCUUGUCUUGUCUUGGGCACAUCGACUCUCACCCAGUUGCUACUAAGAGCACGUACUCCGGUGAACGUCGAGGGUCUACCUGUCUUCCUGGGGCGGAAAGACACCCCUGUUUAGCCAGAAGAAAGGUGAUUCAGGGAUUGCUCCCAUUCCGGAAGCUUCCUCUCAUCCAGGAAGCCCACUACUUCUCUGUGGACAUUCUAGCAAAAGCCAUCACACAGCCAUGAGACAAAUGUCCCCUUCCAAAGGUGCUUCCCACACAUCUGUGCACAACUGUACCUGCCAUGGUCUUCCGCCUCCAGAGCCUGCGCCACCCUCCCUGGCCCACUCACAGCCUAGCCUGUGGCUCCUGGUUGCAUGCCUGCUUUGGGAAGCGGUAGGCCCAGCCUGCCUAGUCCCCUGGGAGUUGACUCGGUGUCUCCCAGAAGCCCAGACUAAGUCAGGGGUUCCCUUUGCACCUGCUCUGACACCCCACACCUGGCUCUUCAGGAAGCAUCAGUGUGAGCCAGGCUCUGCCUCACUGGUCAGAGGUUACAGCUUGUGCCAAAACCAUGUGGGCGCUAUGUGCCAGGCCAGUGUGGGUCUGGUACCAUGUGCCACCCUUACCCACAACAGUCCCUGAAACCUAAAUUUGGUACUCAGAAAGCUCCCAGGAGAAGGUGGCAUUCUUCUGUGCCUCCCGGAAGUGGCUUUCUGUGGGCCAGGGUCUCCUUUCUGUGGGAGCGAGGGAGAGUGGUGAAGAGCCAUCUAGCCUUGGUAACCCUCUGCCCACAGGCUUGUUUCCCUGGAGGCCACCCACACGGUGAAGUCAACAUCCCUUGCCUAGAAGGAAGCUGGCCUACUCAAGGGCGACGCCCCCACAGUGUAGAGAUUUAGUUGAGUUCAUUAGCCUCCUCCUCACCCGACAGAGAUCUUCUCUGGUGGGUGUUUGUGCCACAUGAUAAUUUCAAAGCCAGGUAAAACUGAGGGACAAGAAAAUCAGUCCUAUGUGGAUAGGCACCCUGAGGCUGCUACUGCCCUGCUCCUAAGUCGAUCGGCAGGCGCAGGCUAAGGGGAGGUCGGGGCAUUUCUCCUCUACAUGGCAUUUGCCCUCCUUUGCUUGAGGACAUGGUUUGGGGUUGGGUUUGAAUUUCCCCUUCACAGCAUACCUUGGCUCUGGCGUGGGGUUGCCAAGAACCUUCUGUGGGACUGCCCUCACCCCACCCAGGGAGACACCUGGCAGUCCUCUUUGGAUGUGGUUCCAAGUGACGAAGAAGCCAGAGGAGGUGGGUCAGGGACAGGCAAACAGGAGUAAGAAGCCUGGCAGACUCCACCCCAGUACCCUGUCUCUUACCUUUACUCUCUCCUUCUCCCUCCCUCUCUCCCUCCCUCCCUCUCUCCCUCUCCCUCUCUCUCUCUCUCUCUCUCUCUCUCUCUCUCUCUCUCUCUCUCUCUCUCACACACACACACACACAUACACACACCACCACCACCACCUUGAUCUAAACUGAGAAUAGGGCCAUAGUCCCCUGGCGCCCGUGCCUGCAGCUGACACUGGACAGAUAGGAGGACUGGUCUAGUUGUAAACACACACUCUCUGGAGCCUCACGGGAGAGCAUAACACCCCACUCCCACCUUGGGCUCCCAAGAGUAAAGAAGGGACACCUGUAGCUGGAGGGGAGCUCUCUGCCAGGGAACAUGAAGGACUGAGCAGACCCUGAGAUUUCCAUGCACCCACGUCCUGACCUUGGCUGAAACCUAGGAAGCCCACAGUGUGUGUACUAUUAGCCAGCAGGGACCAAGGCUGAGUUUUCACUGUGCUUGGCUAGUGUGCAUGUAAAUUCUCUCUAGUGGGCUUGCACAACCUCACUCCACAGUUAGGGGAACCCAAAGGAAGGGCCUAGGUUUUACAAGGGUAUCCUUAGAGAACAGCAUCCCCAAGCCCAGGACAGGCCGUUUAGAGGGUGCAUCUCUCAUAACAACAGAAGCCACCAGUUUUUAAACCCACACGGCUGAAACGUGAUCCUGUCAACCGAGAGCUUGGACUUAGAGCAUCAUUUCACAGGGCCCACAACAACUCCGCUAAGACCCUGUCUGUCGAGCAGCCUGAAUGCAUCCUCCAGGUGGUGAUGAAUGCAGAAGUCAGGUGAAGCAUCCAUGCCCACCUGUUUCCCUAGAUGCUUUCCAUUGUGGUCAAGUUGUGUCAGAACUCAGCGGCAUUUAGGUUCUCCCAAUUACCAGGUGUUUCUACAAAGCCUUCUAGAGGACAUGUGGAUGGAAGAAUAAUAGAUGUAAAAAAUAGGAAUAUUAUAUAGUUAUAUAUAUAUUUAAAGAGAUAUCUAUCUAUACAAAUAUAUAUAUAUAUAAAUUCUGUAUUCCAAUCUGUACAAAUAUGACCUAAACAGCCUAGGUAGUGUGAGAUCUGCAUUGCAUGAAUGUAAAUACCUUGAACUCUGAAUUCUGAACUUUGCCUUCUUAGCAAUGUGUGUGUAUGGGAGGUGACUGUGCCGCUGGUGUUCUGUCUUGGUGGGCAGACACACACGU